UGUUAUUAUCAUAUGAUUUCGACAUGAAUUAUCUUAUGCAAUAAAUUGUAGGUAUUUUCAAUAUUUAUCUACGGCAUAUUUAUUGCUUAAAUUGUAAAAAAAUGUGGGUAUUCGGAUAUGGAUCUUUAAUAUGGAAGGUAGAUUUUGCAUACGAGUUAAAAGUUAUAGGUUAUAUUAAAGGUUUUUCUAGGAGAUUCUAUCAACACAGUAUAGAUCAUAGAGGAGUUCCUGAUCAGCCAGGACGAGUGGUAACAUUAAUACCAAGUAAAGAUAUCAACAGCAAUGUGUGGGGGGUGGCAUACAAAAUCAGAGCCCAAGACAUAGAACAAGUGACAAACCAUUUAGACUUUAGAGAAAAAAAUGGUUACUCUAAAAAAAUUGUUAAAUUCUUCCCUAAGGAUAAGAAUCUUGAACCUUUCGAUUUAACGUUGUAUGUUGCUACUGAGGAAAAUGAAUCUUAUGCUGGGCCAGCCUCAAUAGAAGAUAUGGCGAGACAAGUUGUCAAAUCUAAAGGCCCCAGUGGUACCAACAAGGAAUAUUUAUAUAAUUUAGCCGACGCCAUGCGUCAAUUGGCACCUGAAGUGGUAGAUGAUCAUCUAUUCACUUUGGAAGCAGCCGUAAAGAAUUUAGACUCAGAUUCAGAUUUAAAAAAAAGUUAAUAUAUGUAUGAAUUGCAUGAGCGCAGCCUGGGGUUCAGAGCAAGUUUGGCAUAGGACUGGAUGAGGUCCGCAGACAGCAAUAAUAAGAGUCAUUAAAAAAUCCUGGCUGUGUUCGUGAACUAUACAUAAUUUUUGAGUAACUAAUUGAAUAGCAAAUUUUUAUAC